AUGUCGCUCGGUGAAUCGUCGAUCGGGGGUGAUGUACCCGCCGUCGAUCGGGUCUCAGUGCGCAUACCGGACUUUGCACCUGCCGAUCCGGAACUGUGGUUCGGUAUGGUGGAGCGCAGUUUCGAUGCGAGUGGUAUUAAGACCGAAUCGACAAAAUUCGGUUAUGUUUUAGGGGCUCUCAGCCCGCAGUAUGCAGCAGAGGUUCGGGACAUUAUUAUGUCUCCGCCCCCUGAGCCGUACGAAAAAUUGAAGUGCGAGCUCAUUAAAAGGCUGAGUUCGUCUCAAGAACAGAAAACGCGCCGACUGCUGGAACACGAAGAAAUCGGCGAUAGAAAACCGUCGCAGUUCCUUCGCCACCUGCGAACUCUGGGAGGCGCCGCAGUGUCACAGGAAAUCCUGCGGUCACUUUGGAUGGGUCGCCUGCCAUCCAGCAUGCAGGUCAUUUUGGCGACACAGCGGGACACUGACCUGGAUCACGUAGCAGAAUUAGCAGACGCAAUCGCGGACACAAUGGGUCCGCGCGGUCACAUCGCCGAGACCUCCACGAGCGUGCCCGUUCAGCAGCCGUCGGCAGCGCAGGAUUUAGAAGCGCUGUUAAACACGAAAAUGGCACAGCUUACA